UUUCUUUAGUGUAGUCUUUCUCGAGUGUAGCCUGCUACUUGUGUUGUCAGGUAUUAUUAAAUGCACCGUUUAAAUAUGUUUACUUACAUACCUUAUCAAUACUAGACCAGCAAUUAUGUAUGCAAGCCGUAUAUACAAAACUAAGGUUUAGUUGACCUAUGCAUGUAUGUAUGUAAAUAUUUACCUGCAUCGUCAUCAUCAUUACCUCUAGCGAGCGACUAUUAAUCGCUAUUUUAAUCUGAGCUUUGUGUACAAACUCAUCCUUCGUGAAUUAUAGAAAAGGGCAAAGCUUAAACGGGGUUUAAACAGUGCAUUCCAGUGGCCUCGGACUCGCGGCCACAUUCACAUUGUUGGAUAAGGAAGGGAUGGGUUUAUAUAAGAUGGGGAGUUCGAACAACCGUGUGGAUAUUGUCCCUCCGUCCCCACGCUUCCGCGGCCACUGCUGGCAAGAGUUUCACGGUAAAAUUUUGUAACACCAAGGCCACUGGUGCAUACAAAGUGAUGUAAACUUGGAUGCAUGACCUUGUGGUAUAUAAAGUUGAACUGUACUCCACGGUACAUAUUUUUCAUCAGAUCACUCAACAAUUUCGUACGAGAAUGUAGCAAUGUUGUCCAAAGGACAAUCCUACUUCUUUUAUUGGGUGUACCCUACGAACUUGUGCAACCUUAGUUUUUGUAUUCCGUACAAAUACGAUGAAAAAUCUGAAUCCCUUCAACUACUUGGUUCCAGGUCGAAUCGAGUUUAUAAAGUGACCCUGCUAUCCAACGUAGCUUAUCUGUUUUUAAUGUGCGCACAUUUACUACUUAAUCGAGACAAAAUCACACUUCAGAAUAUGCUAGUCGGUGCAGUUAUAAUCUUUGCCUACUUUACGGCGGGCGUUUGUCGAUUAACAUUUUUUCUCUGGGAAGACGACGGGCUCUGCCUGCUCAAUGGAUUCUUACAGUUUGAAACGAAUUUGUUGGGAAAUGUCGACAACUUGUGUGACAAGAUUCGAAAUGGUGUCACGUAUGCAAAAGUGGUAUUUGUCUUGGCAAACGCAUCCUGCAUGUCGAUGGGAAUCCUUGUGGGAGUCCAAUUAUAUUUUGCUCCUUGUACUCCGCCAUACCUUGGAUCGAUGCGGUCUGCUUGCUUAAAUCAGGAAUCGCCAGGACCGAUCGACUUUCUCGGCAUGAUUGGGAUACUAAUUGAUGCUGGGAUGUAUUUCCAUGCAGCGCCACCUGCAGGGCUAAUCCUUGCCAGUUAUCUGUUAUGCAUGGGAAUAUCGUUACAAGAAUAUCUGUCUGUAAUGUCAGGAAAAUUGAUGCUACAUAAUGACGUCUUUUCUACACAAGGCCAGAGUGAAACUCGAGCAAUCACGUCACUCCGGAAGUACAACGCAUGUCGCCUUUUGGUCGCACAGAUGAACAUCAUGUUCAGAAAUGUAUUCAUUCCCGGGCUUUACUGCGUCGCCUCGAACGGGAUCGUUUUCGCACUUUACGUCAUCAUCCGACUGCACGAAGAAAUCUCGUUGGCCGGCUUGUCAUUUUUUAUCAUGAUGCUCAUGGAUUUUCUUCUCACGGUGGGGGUUGAUCUCGCCUCAGUUGGCCGCGUGUACUCCGUUUCGGUCGAGGUGACGGAAACGUGGAGGAAGAUGGAAAACCUGGGGAGGAAAAGUGAAGCGAGGAAGAUUGCGAAAUCAUUUCCCCCGUUAAAGAUUCGAUUCGGGGAUAAUUUUGUGGAUCACUUGACCUCGUUGAGUGUCCUGGAUUACUGUUUGAACUGGACGGUGUCGCUUCUGCUGAUGACAUAGCGUAGUAAAUUGUCACAAUUGAAAAUGAUGCAUGAAUAUGAAACACAUUUCCAGAAAUUUUACGCGAUAAAAAUAUUUAUCAUAAUAAUAAUAUUGCUCAUAAUAACACAAAUUUUGUAUUAUUUAGUUGUUUUGUUUACCGCAGUGACAAUUUUUUACUGAUCGUGUGUUCUGAUAGAUUACAUACUUAAUUAUUACUUACGCAGGUACAUACAUAUUUGUUAAGACGAAGUUAUCACGUUUAAGUAAUUAAGGUUGCAUUUUUUAACAACCAACAAACGAAAAGUUGUCAAAUUCCUGGAUGAAAAUAACCAACCAUGUACACAUAAAUUAUAUACAUGACUAAUUUUGAACUUUGGAAGAAUUGCUGAAAAGUUAAUUCGUUACAUUUGAAAACCAUACUUUUCUGCUGGCCACUUUUUUAUUCAUGCAUAAAUCAAGCCAAAUAAAUAAGCUCUGAUUUUCAUUGUACGCACAAUUGAUUUUUAAAAAUGUAGGUUACCAAUUAGUUACUUAUUUCCUUAUGAAUUGUUAAAUUUAAUGAGUGGCACGCGUAAAGCUUCCUUCAUAAUUUUCACCUGGACUAGAUUUUUUAUUUGUUUAGAAAUGUUGACAAUAAACAUCCCGUCCUCCAAACCCGGUUAUGACACACGCGUCUGAAUUUGUUCAUUCACCGACCCACUUCUCCUUCGCAAUGACGCCAAUAAUGACGGGAACUGUCAAACUGUCCAUAUUACUGGUGGGUGUGGUCCUCCUCCUCGCCCUACCCGGCGGUCACUUGGCGGAUGAGGAUAAACCCCUCACGCCCAAGGAGCUCGAAGCCAUCGACAAAGAAAUGGAGGCAGCCAUCGCCAAAACGGACAACACAAAGGAAAAGUUCGCCAAGGAGGAUGCAAAGUAUCUCAGCCUCAAUGUGACAGAGCGAUCUAAAAAAACCGAGGCUGCCCGGGGAGUUGCUUCGACACAGUCCGUAAUCGGGGACAUAGUCAAAGGAGCCGAGACCGUUGUCGGCAUCGGGGAGAAGAUUGGAAAUACGGGAACCUCCGUGCUCGGCGGCCUCGUAAAUGCGGCCCAACUGGGCUUCGAAAUCGGUAAAGAGCUCAAUCGACUUAAGGAGUCGAAGACCGGCUUCCUCAAAGGGAUCAUGUACGAAGUCCAAUUUCAGACCGAGCAGCUCUGCAACGUCCUCGUGUUCAACCUUAACAAGCGACACAAGAUGGACCUCCAUGGGGUCGUUUACUACAAGCGGUACAACUGGGAGAAUGCCUGGUUCGGCGUGUGGGUCACGGAGGGGGGCAGUUUCACGAAUCUGGACUGGUUUAAGGAGGAUAAAUGUGGAUUUGCGGGAGCCUACAGUAUGUCCGGCCUAUUCAAGGACAGGGUCGUCUUUGAUCAUCGGCCCUGCUACAGAAGACCAUAUGACAAAUAAAUUUUUAUGUUUCUUAAUAAGUGUUUUCAUAUUUUGCUUGGGUUUUAAUUUGAGUUUGUUAAUUAUGUAAUUAAAUUGGGGUUGGGUAUGCAUCAACAAAAUUAUUAGUAUUGGAAGAAAUAUUUGGAAUAAAUUCAAUUUGGUAGAUUCGGUGUGAAUAAUGUUUUCAGAAUUUUAAUUUAAAAAAUGUUCAUGUCUAAAAAUAUCGGAAAAUUGUGUAUGCACCCACAAAAUUAAAAAAAAGUUUUAUAUACUCAAUUUCCUGGAUUUUGCACAAUUUCUGCACACUUUGGCUCGAAAUGGCGAAAUAUUACGCCUCCUAACACUGCUUGGAACGGUCUCAUAUGGGUAGGUGCAUUAUUUUCCAAAAAGGUCGAGAACCGCCUACUUUUCUGUUCCGUUAAUUACCUCCACGUGUGCAGGAUUUCUAAUCGUGCUACAUAUUUAACCUACAUUUUUUAUUGUGGUCAAGCAUAAAAAAACAGGAAGCCAAACUGUGUCUACCAUUCGCCAUUCAUGUUUAAUUCGUAUCCUGUGACAUAGAUGAUUAACGGCGAUUGAAAAUUUGUAGUUGCUUGACACUUGACUCCCCUUCUCCCGAGCCGAUUAAAGUUCAAGUGUCGACUAACUUUCUUAAAAAUGGUGUCCGCAACCGGGAAAGUUGCCAAUUUCCUGGGAACGUUCCUCCUCCUGUCAUUCUUCUUGGGUGGAGUGG